CAUAAGAGAAUCUUCAUCAUCCAAUUUUCCUCACCAACAUCUACUCUCUUUUGCCUUUCUCAUUCGAAACUCCAUUCCCUUCCAUGCUUUCCCUUCUCAAUUUCUUCAAGUGGCUCCAAUGCAUUUAUGGGGCUUUCUUGUAUCUCAUCACUGUCAAAGGAGAUGAAAGGCCUCAAGGGAAGAUCUCUAAAGAAACCCAAACUCAUACUAUCACCACUUCCAAACAGGGCUCAGUCCUUGAGCUUAACCUAUCGGUUCACAAAGAGCAAGACUGCAAAAGCAAAAAGAUCAAUGUUCCGGAACCAGUAGUCAGUUUUAAAGAUCAACAGGAUGAAGAAACCGAGUUGUCGGAGUUCGAUGUUGGCGAUCAAGGCAUAGUUCCAAUCUCUUCAAAGACCAUUAUCGAUGAUGAGCGUAGCACACAAGAAGUGAAAGGGGAGAAUGAAGAACAUCCAGAGUUAUCAGAUUUCGAAGAGAAAUGUCCACCGGGAGGAGAAGAUUCAGUGGUUUUCUACACGACAAGUCUGAGGGGAAUCAGAAAAACAUUCGAAGACUGCAGCAGUAUAAGGUUUCUUUUAGACAGUUUCAAGAUAUUGGUCCAGGAGAGAGAUGUUUCAAUGGACAUGAGGUUCAGGGAAGAACUGUGGAGGAUAUAUGGUGGCAGGGUGGUCCCCCCAAAGCUGUUCAUCAAGGGAAGAGACAUAGGAGGAGCCGACCAAGUUUUUCGACUUCACGAACAAGGAAAGCUAAAGAAGCUCCUGGAAGGGAUACCUUCAAGCAGCAUGUGUACUGAUUGUGCCAACAUCAGGUUCCUGGUCUGCUCAAACUGCAAUGGGAGCCGCAAGGUUUUUUCAGAAAAUGAAGGCGAUGAAUUGUGCAUGAAUUGCCCUGAUUGUAAUGAGAAUGGACUGGUUAUAUGCCCUGUGUGCUGCUGAAAUGUCUACUUACCAUAAUUGCAUCCUUUUUUCUUCACU